GAUUGGCAGAGAGGGGUAGAGGACACUGAAUGGAGGCCAGUGGAGGGAUUGGCAGAGAGGGGUGGAGGACACAGAAUGGAGACUAGUGGAGGGAUUGGCAGAGAGAGGGGUGGCAGAUACAGAACAGAGGGAGUUACAAUAGUCAAGGCGAGAGAUAACAAGGGAGUGAAUAAGUUGCUUAGUGGUUUCCAAGGUAAGGAACGGGCGUAUCUUGGAGGUGAAGUCUACAAGAUUUGGACAGUGAUUGGAUUUGGGGCUGAAAGGACAGAUGGGAGUCUA